AUGCAAGUGCUCAAAGCAUGCUCGUCCGGUACAAACCGACACAUACGGUGGAUUAUCAAGCAAGAACUCGGUCUAGAUCCACCCCAGGCUCUCAUCAACGAUUUCCUGAAUAAGCUUCCUGAGGAAGAGCAUGGUAUGGAAACAGUAGUCUCUCCCAGUAAGAUUAUAUCCCUAUUUUGCAAGCUGUAUAUCAGUCCCAAAGUGUCCGACGGCGAGAAAAGCACCGAUAAAGCCUCGUCCAAACCAAACAGCCAGAAGCUUGCUUUAUCGGACUACCAAAUCGCCGAUCAUGAGAACCCUUCACCUGGAGAUGGCCGCAAGCAGAUUAGUGCCUUAACGGGCCAUCUCGAGGUUCAAGGGCAGAACUUCUGGACUCAAGGGAUAGGCGAUGGGCCAAUGGGCUGCCUGAUCGAACUGCUCUGUUCGAUCGGUCUGGUAAUCCAACUUCUUGAACAUCAAGUUGCAGUCAUGGAAUAUGAGUCUCGCAACCAAUUAGAAGAAGAUACUUCCUCGUCAGAAGGAAAAAUGGUUGCGUAUGUCAAGUGCUGUGACAUUAGCUCGUACACCGCUUGGGGCAUUGGAAUCGAUGAGAACCAGGUGGACGCGUCUUUGAAAGCUUUGAUCCGUGCCGUGGCAUCAGUGAGUUGA